AUGUCAAUUCGUUAAGAGUAAUAUUGUCAAAUUUUAUAAUAGGUCAGAUCUUAGUUGUGAACUCCUGAGGUCCACAUUAUAGGAUAUUAAUAAUAGAUUAAAUAAUUUACAAUAAUGUGUUCCAAAUCCUCAUAAUAGGAGAGAUAAAAUGUAGAAAGAAGCAACAAUCCCUAGAUUAAAUUUGCAUAAAAUCAAUUCAGCGUACAAAGAAAAUUAAUUACCAUUAAAGAAAGUGACAGCCACUUUUGGUGAUAAAAUAAUAGAAUAGGUUCAAAAAAUAGAUGAAAAAAAUUUAGAAGAAAUAUCAAAGAAACCUUAAAUAAAAAUGAUGGCUUAAUAAACGCCAUAAAAAUUAAGAAGCCAAUCAAUCAAUGGUUCAUAAAAAACACUAACUAAUUCGAACAAUCAUUCAAUUUAAUUCAAAGUAUCCAAUGCAUCAAGAUUAUAAAAUUCUUAUGAUUUUUAAUAUUACUAAUCACUACAUCAAUCUCAUGAGAAACCUUUAAAAUCUUCAUUUAUUGGUAGUUAAUACAAUUAAAUAGCAUAAAAAGAUGAAACUGUUGAAUAUGUUCAACCCACUCUUCUAUAAAAACCAAUCAUUUUUGAUUAAAAGUAAUAAAAUGUGCAAACUAGAAACAAUUCUUUAUUAUCUACACCGGUUAAGUAGGUAGCAAAUGUUUCAUAAGGAUAAACUCCGUUAAGAAGAGGAAAUUCAUCUACAAAUUAAAAACUGCUUUAAACAAAUUUAAGUUAGAAUCAGUCAUAUUAGUGUUUUUAAGUUUAACCAUAGAAAUAAUAAUAAUAAAAUUCAGAUUUAAUUAAGUAAAUUAUAAUAGUAUUAUUAUAGAUUAUUGUAAACCUAUUCUAACGGAUAUCAGUAAUCAUAGAUACAAUAUCAUUCGGUUUAAAAUCCUAUGAACUCUUGCUUAAAUUCUUAAAACUUGGCCCAAUUCAAGGUUUCCCAUCAUAGAAAUGCUUCAAAUAACAUGAGGGUUCCAAUGGAAUAAAUGCUAUAUGGAAAUUCAAUGGUUAGAUUGUGA